AUGGAGAGUAAGGAAAAUAAAGACACAGGAUUGCCAGUAUUAGCAGUGAAGAUUUACCGGGUGGAAGCCAAAUCAUGUGAUACACCAUCUCUUCGAGGCAUCAUGGCAACUGUUGGGAGCAUAACACUUAGCUUACGAAGACCUCACGGUGAUUUGCUCUGUUUGCUCCUCUCAGGUCCAGAAGAUAAAACAGGUCUUGAGGUUAUGCCUCCUGAAACUUUGUCAGUGUCUGAUAAGUUGAUCAAAGUUGCUCUUCAGCUACCCAAAAAUAAUUGUGAUGAGAGUGUUCCCAGCAUUAUUACUGUUGGUAUGAAAAAAAUUGCUUUUUUGUUUGAUCCUCAGCUUAUUCAGUGGCUUAAAUAUUCCCCAAGGAAGACUGAUUCAGGCAUCUUGACUGAUAUGGUGUUUUUAAAAAAGAUAUCCGAAGUUCGAGGAAUAGCAAAGUCUCAAAGAAAAGCAUCAGAGAGUGAAUCCGAGGCAACGAAGGUUGAAUCGUCAACUUGUACACUAUCUGAACCUAAGACAGCAAGUCGAGGUGGACUGUACUCAGCUCAGGAAUCUCAGGGAGAGCACUCUAAAUCUUGGAAAGAAAAAUUUGUAGCUUGUUCAGAGCGAGACAAAUUGCCAUGGUCACUGAAUUUAGGAAGCUUCAGUGUGUUCAGUCUGCAAGGUACAGGUCAACAUGUAAAGCUGCCUGUUCUCAAACCUGUCAACACUACAGCCACACUAGCCAUUACUACUAAGUACCAGGGUCCAUCUCUCAACCAGCUUGGAGUGGUGAUUCACACAGACAUGUCACCUCUGGACUUCUGUGGUAGUCGCUGUCAAGUUGUUGGCCACGUUGCAAUAGCAGAAAAUGUUCUCGGUCUGCUCUCACAUUUCAUUCAAACACCAGCUGAUUCUCAACAUUCAAUGUCUUCUACACCAGCGCCACAACAGCCAGUGUUAGAUGCGUCUUCACAGCCUACCACACAACCGACUCAUAACCAGCUGACAACACCACAACCACCGCCACCACCGCCGCCACCGCUGCCGCCACUGCCAACUCAGUCACACUCACAACACACAACAGUUACAAAACCACUUCAUCACAGUGGUUCAGACCCAAACACCCAAGCAGUGACUGAAGGUGAUGAUGUGGAGGAAGAGAGAGUUGGUGUUGUGAGUGAAGCAGAAGCAGAAGCCACCUGUGGACCAAUAGUUACCGCCUGGGUGCAGUGGACAGUGGCACGUGUGUCAGCUUCUCUCUAUGCCAAGGAGGGUAAUGAAUUACGAAAGUUGCGGGCAGAAAUGGAAGACUUGACAACUGCUCUUGAUCUUCACCAGGUGUACUCCAAGGUUAAACUCAAAGUGACUGCAAUCAGUGUGCUGCAUUUUGCUAAAAGGAACAAUGCAUGGGUAGCUGGAGGGCAUGAAGGUGUUGUCAUGACCUGUGGAGACCAGCUGACUCAUGACCUGAAGGUUAUUAACCCCAGUAGUGGCACUGUUGACCCACACUACCUUGGUGAGAAAGGUGACAGCAGUCAAACAGAACAACCCAAGGCACAUGGUUUUAUAUCACUGACAUUCACCACAGCAUUAUGCAAGAACAUUCAUUCUUGUUGGAACACACUCAUUCAGAAACACCUCAGUGAAAACAGGUCUUUGCCAAUGGAUAACACAAGUGAUCACUAUCUGAGUGAAGUAGACAUAAGAGUACAACCCUUUGACUGUGUGUGCUAUCCAGCGUCAUUACAGAUUUUUGCCACGGUAUAUGAGCCAUGGUUACAACUGCAAGUCCCAAAACAACUGCUGAACACAGGCAGAAUAAUUGCCAAGGAACCAGUGGGAAUGGGGAUCAACAACCACACAUUACCUUUGGUCUACCUCCACACUGAAAAUAUCCGGCUCCUCUUUCCUGCAAGAGAUACCUCUAGUGAGGACACUUCAAUCCACAACAUGUUUCUAGUACAGUUAGACUCAAUUUUAAUUACUCCACAGGUGGAUAAUCCUCUGUCUCGUAUUAUGAUACGAUCAGACAUUUUCCACAUGGCUGAACGUGCAAGAAUAUUAGGGGUUCCAGGGUCUCAAGUUGAAGAUAGACAGUAUCAAAUUGAUAUCUUGGGCUUCAGUGUAAGUACAGGAUCGUGGUAUGAUUUAGUUCGUGUAAAGGGCGGACGUCCUCGUAGUUCCUCUGGGGAACGUCUUCGUGUAAUGGGAGAAAACCCAGCCCUUGAGUGGAAUAACUAUGACCCCACUCAAGAUAACAAGAACACAGAUAUUGUCCUUCAUCCAUUCAUUGCCAGGUUUGAUAGUCGUGUAAUAGCAGCUCCAGCCAUAGUGUACCAAGGUAGCAUGGAUGAGGGUGGAGAGCCACACAAGACACUAGUGGCAGGACAUUCCUUGGAGAUCAAUGCCACUUCAGAUAUUGACCUACACAUCAGUCUGCCUCAGCUCACAUUGCUUAAAGACAUUAUUGAGGAUACUUCAUGUCUUAUUACUCAGAUGUUUUCAAGUGGGCAACAAGGAAGAACAUCUAUUACCCCCUUAGACAUACAAGACAGUGGAGUUGAUUGUGAUAUUUCAUCAGUGGAGCUGUCAAAGGGAAUGACCAGCCAUAAGGGUACAGCAAGUAGCAGUAGCAGCUGGUCAUUUGUGCCUCUAGAAUUGCUAAUCACUGGAGGAAAAAUUACUGCCAGUAUUUUUGACCGAGGAAUCUUAGAAGAUGGACAGAAGUUUAGUGUGAAGGGUUGGCAGCGUAGCAAGUUAGAACAGCGAGCCAAAAAAAGGGAAAGGGAAUUAGUUGGGGAAGCUGCAUCAACAGAGUCUGAACCAUCACCAAAGAGACUGCCACACCAUCGUCAACGACCUCCAGCCAGAGAGGCUGACUCAGACUCUCAGUCAGAAAAGGAGGUUGAAGAUGGGUAUGAAGGCUCAGAAGAGGGUUCUGUCUGUGAAGGCGGAGGUGUCAAUCUCCGGCAGCCACGAAUUUUUCCUUUAUUGUUUACCGUGGUUUCACAGCCUCAUGCUUUCUUAUCCUGUCAGCCACUUAAGCAAAAACUGGAUAUCUCAUGCUUCAACUUCAUCCUUCGUAGUGUUCUUAAGGGUUUCUCCGUUAAGGCCACUGAGGCCAAGCAGCUGCCUUGCCCGGAAGAUUAUACUACUUCUUGGUUAGAGACAAAACCUGGCGACCCACAUCACAAGACUGGCAUUCCUCCAGCAUUAUUGCUUAUAUCAGCAACUGAUUUUCUUCAUAAACCAGCUCGAAUCAGCAUAGAAGUUGGAAGACCAGUUCGCCUUUAUUUAAGUGAGAGUCGGUGGCAACAAGUAGUCCAUGUAAUGAGUUGCAUGGCAAGUGUUCUACCACCCAUGGACUCUGCAUCAGAACAAGAGAGAAUCAAGCCUAAUAAAAGCAAAAGUAAAGAAAUUUCAUCGCCAGAAUUGCUACGCCAGGCAUUGACAAAUCUUGAUAGCAUAUCUUUUGUUACUAAUCAAGUAGUUGUUAAUUGUGAAGUUUUAAAAGCACAUAAGGCAAGAAGUGAAGUGCACAGUAGUGUAUCAGGUAUAAAACUUUGUAUUGGCACAUCACGGAAACGUUCAGGUCAAGCUCAGGAUCACAGGUUGGACAUCAUCUCGGAAAUUACUGCUGCUGCAGAGGUUCUUGAUUUCCAGCUGAAAACUAUGUAUCAUUCCCAGAAGCUUCAGUCUUUCCUCAAGCCGUGGACAGUGACUGGUGAAUUGAAAUUGUUGUGGUUGCAGUGGAGCUUGAAGCCGUAUAUAGAAAUAAAGGUCGACACUGAAACUGUGACGGUUGAUCUGGGACCAGAACAUUUAUUUUGUUUUAUGGAUAUGUACAAUCACAUAUCUUCAUUUGUAUGUGAGAAAAUGAGGGCACAAACUCAGCACACUUCCUCAAGACUUGAAGAGAAAGAACAUCAUCAUGAUAUUUUGUACCAAGAUGAUUUGCGAGCAGGAAUAUUCCAGUAUGUCAGUCUGGCCCUUGAAGAUCCUAAGCCAUACCAGGUUGUUUUUGAUAAGAUGGCUGGAACUAUGAUAUGGUGCUAUCCAGAGCCACGAACAUUAACUAGAGUAGAUAUUUAUCCUGUUCCUUUUAUUGCUGCAUCAGAAUUUAGUACUGUGAUGGAGACACAGGAUAAAGAUCAAGUCUUAUGUGCCCUUCAAUAUUAUGAUUCGCUGCGGGAAACUUUUAUAACGUAUCGUCAGUUCCAGCUUUCAGAAUCAAAAUUCUGUCAGCUUGACUUACCAAGUUUUUAUGAAAAGCAGCAUAUUGCUGUUUCUUCUAUGUGGAGAGUGUGUAUUGAUUUCUGUGAAGACGACAGCAGUUCAGGCGAUGGCCGUAUUGUUGUUUCUCCUGGGGCGUUGGCUGCCUGUAUGAGAGUUGACUCUAUGUUCUCAGUAGACUUGCUUCCUCGCACACAAGCAGUUGUAACAGUUGGUCAAGCACAAAUCACAUUGUUGAAUCAUUUGUCUCUUACAGGCAAGACACUGCCUAAAGAAUUGAAAUUUUUCACUCUAGAUAAAUUAGCACCAGAAGAGCAACCUUUUCUCACUCUUACUCUGGAAAAUUCUUUCCUUCGGAGCUACGUGUGGUCGUCUGCAGUGCAUGUGCAGAGCGGUGGCUCGCUGCGUUUGGAUGUUCUCAGUUACAGUUUUCUGACAAACAGCUGUCUUCUAGAACCUACUUUCAUAGAUGCAAGCUUAGUGAGGCAAGGUGCAGAUGGACCAGACAAACCAAGCUGUGUUGAUUGCAUAAUGACUGUCAAGCCAAUGUUUGUGCACAUUAAUCAGUCUAUUAUCCACACAUUAAAUGUUGCUUAUGAAAGUUGGCAGCAGGUCUCUGAUAAUGUGUCAGAUAGUUCCAGUGGUCCCAAUUUAAUGUGUAUUAAAAAGUCACCUGUGAUUUUUAUGACUAAUUAUCUUAUUUGUAAUGACACAUUAGAAACAAUAAGGUUUGGACAAGUAGGAACAGAUGAAAAUGUGCUGUUGACAUCACGCAGUAUGCACUUGUACUGCUGGAGAAGCCACAAACUUUCUCCUCAGCUUCAUGCUUGUGUAGAAGGUGGAAAGUGGAAGUGGUGUGACCCAUUCACACUAGAAGCUGAAGGCUCUCAGGUGCACACUAUCCACCAUGAAAAUCAUCAUUUUCAUUUCAUGGUGAUAAUUGAAACCGUGUCAGCCACUCAGAAACUUAUUACCUUCUCUGGCCUCCUCUCUAUUGCAAACUGUCUUAGUGAAGAUCUGGAGUUUCGUGUAAUAGAGACUGCCAAAGAUAAAGAGUCUCCUAAGCAUGUGUCUAGCCAUACGCUUCACAGCAAGUAUGUGGCUCCAUCAUAUAUUGGAGAAGCCCAUGGUGUUAGAGUGAGAUUAUUGGGCACUCCCACCGUCUGGUCAGGGGAAAUUCCCCUCUCAUAUGAACGUACAAGAGAAUCCAUGCUUGUCAAAAUCCCUCUGAAAGUCAAGGGUGAGAGUAUCAUUGCCUGGUGUCGUGUACUGCGGCAAAGAGUUGGAACAGUUUGGAGGUUAUUAGUGGUAUUCAGUCCUCAGUAUAUGGUGAGGUCACACUUACCAAGACCUCUCAUUCUUCAUAUCAACACCCCAAGCAAUCACAGCAGUCAGCAGGUUGUUGUGAAAGGUCGUGGACACACUCGCACACUACACUGUGAUGGUUCAGUGGCUCAUCACCUCACGUUUCAACUCAAUCCUGAAUUUGAAGUGUCCAGUCCUCCUAUUCCUCUUUCAAGAGGGAUGGUUGAUCAGAUGAGACUUUCCCAGCCUCAUGAAGCAGUGGAUAUCUCACAGUAUUUACAGCAGUUGUUUGAUGGUCCUGAGGAGCGCUGGCCAUAUGUAGACACAUCAGACUUUAUGGGUGAUCUUCUCUUUGCUGACCAGCCCAAGAUUGAUCUACAGGUUGGGUUCUGUGGUAUGUAUCCAUACUGCAGUACACUGGUGGUUGACAUAAGACCAUGGGCCUUGAUGGUCAAUCAUACUGGGAUAGAACUGUUGCUGCAAGAAGCUGACUCCUCAAGUAGCUGGUUUGUUCCUCCUGGAGCUGUGUUUGCUCCCCCAAAGAUGGAUGGACUUUUUACAAUUGGCUUAAUAGAAAAUGACCAACAUUAUCAUACUACAUCUUUACAGUUGUCCAAAGAAGACAGAUGGUACAGUCUGAAGUUUGAGGGUCGCAUUCCUCGAGAAGGUUCCACUAACCUCCGCAUUCCUACUCAGGACAAAGUGUGUUUCAUUACUGUUCUCUCUAGGUACGAGGAGAACAUUCAAAUAAUGCACCUUCUGCCAACUUAUUCAAUCACCAACAAUACUGAAGAGGAAUUAACUGUUUGUUCUAUGUAUGUUUAUGCUGGCAAUAUUAAGAUCCAGCUUCCUGUGUCAUUACCUGCUUUAGAACUGUCUAGUAAAUGCCGAAGCAGCUGCAUGAAAGAAGUUCCACUACUUAUGUGGCACAUUCUAAGAGACCCUGGCUCAUCAACAUCAGAUGAAGAGCUCUGUUGUAUUCAGAUUGGCCAAAAUGGUUAUCAAGCUCACCCAGUUGUAAUAAAGGACACACCACCAGACCAGAGGAUGACUUUUACACUGCCAAAUAGUGAUGAUGGACCUGUCCUCAAUAGAUCAUUCUUGGUUACUUCUCACAAGCACUUUGGCCAAAUUAAAAUGGUUGUUCAAGUGGAUCCAUCACCGCAAAUGAUUAUACACAAUUGUACAAAUGCCCUACUUAUAUUAGGUCAGAGCUCCACCAAGGAGGAAGGUAUAAUGGAGGAAGAGCUGGAUAUGUUUGCAGCAAUGCCUUCAGUUCCAGCCAACAAGGCCGUCCAUUACACAUUUCCCUACAUGUCAUUCAAGUUUCCGGAGAUUACUACAAACAGCAUUGCAUGCCCUCGUCUUCAUUUUUCUCAACCAGACAUUCUCAAUAAUGCUGAGACUGAAGAAGUGUUGUGGAGCCAGGGAGUGGAUAUUCAGCAACACUAUGACCAGUUUGUUAGUGUCCCAGGCUGUGGAGAUGUCAAGGUGCGCAUAGAACGUGUUGCACACACCACCCACGUCUUCAUUGACCCAGUCAGUCGAGUGGAAGUCUCUGCCAGAGACAUUCGUAGUCGUAUUGCAGCAGAACCAUCUAAGGGUCGAGUGGCUACCUCGACUAAUAAAGGUAGAACUGUUAAGGAAAAAGAAGUCGUGGUAUAUGAGAAGGAGCAUGUGGUUACUGUUGAAGCUGAAGGCAAGAAUGAACACUUACCUGCAAAAGAAAAUGCUUCUGGAAAGGUUUCCGAGGAAGAUGCGUCCCGUCAGCGAGUGACAGCACUUGAUAAGGAAGUCAAGUCUACUACUGUUAUUUACUGUACAUUUAUGUGUACACGGGUUGUUUUAGUUCUGAAAGAUGAUGUCAAAGACCAAGAAAAUAUAUCAGAAAUAUUGAGAGUUACUCUAGAUAAUUUUAUUGUAAGCCUAAGACCUAAAAUUGAUCUGUCCGAGAAGCUUCGGGCUCUGGAUUACAGAGUUAAAGAGCGGGUUGAGGUGGUCAUCUUUGUUGGUGAUGCCCAGGUUGAUAAUCAGCUUUUUGUAUCUGGUAAAUUUGAUUUUCCAGUUAUUUUAAUAAGACAGGAUCCUGAAUCAGCUCCAAAAUUUUCACCGCUGGAUCCAAUAGAGAGAGCUAUACAAAUUUCUCACAAUAAUGCACUCUUUACAUUUUCUGUAGUCAUGGAACAGUCUCCAACAAAAAUGUGCGUACAUUCCAUCCAUAUAAGACAGAAUCCUAUUACUUUGUAUGCUGAGGAUGCAGUAUUCUACUCUCUCAUGGAAAUUCUCUCAUCUUUUCUUCCGGUAUCAAGACACAAAACUUCUAAAUUUAGGACAGAUAGAGAGAGGAAUGAAGAAGAGGAAGAAAGUUUACCAGUAAUAAUGAGAAUGCCAAAUGAAGUAUUGCUGAAGUCAACAGCCAUGACUCAUCCUAUUCAGAUGUCUCAAUUAACAAUAGAGCCAAUUGCUCUGUUGCUUAGUGUCCAUGCUUCAGUCAAAUUAUAUAUUGCCCUGGAUCAGUCUCCACUCAACUUUGGUCGUUUUCAGCGAUCUGAAAUCCUGACUACCAGUUACACAUUAGGACACAGCCUGACGAUGCAUUAUCUGUCGGGGGCACUCAUUCGAGCUGGAUGGGUUGUGGGAUCCCUCGAUUUACUUGGCAAUCCUGGAGGUUUUGCUAGAACGGUUGGAUCAGGCGUAAGAGAUUUUGUUCAACUGCCAUAUGAAGGAAUUCUUCAAGGUCCAUGGGCUUUCAUUGCUGGAGUAACUCAUGGUUCAAUGUCAUUGGUGAAACAUCUUACUGCAGGUACAGUGGUAUCUUUAACGAAUUUAGCAAGUUCACUGGCACGCAACAUGGAACGUCUCUCACUAGAUGAAGAUCACAUUGAACGAAGUGAAGCUGGUCGACGCUAUCAACCGUCUGGUCUUGUAAAUGGACUUGUGCAGGGACUCUCUGCAUUUGGAAUAUCACUUUUAGGUGCUGUUGGUGGACUGGCACACCAGCCCAUGCAAGCUAUGAUGAGCGAGGGAGUUACUGCCAGCAGUGUGGUGGGAGGUGUUGGCAAAGGUUUGGUAGGCAUCGUCACCAAGCCCAUAGGUGGUGCUGCAGACCUUCUAGUCCACACUGGCCAGGGAAUCUUACAGGGUGCAGGAUGGCACCGGGAACAGAUUCCACGUUAUCAGCCACUGGUGGAACCUCAUAACAAGGAGGUGAACGCUCCUCUUAAGCUAGUGUGGAAGUUGGUAGCAGCGUUACCUCAAGAGUGCCGUGCUGUGCUUGCAGCUGUUGAUGCUACUCAUCUUACAGCUGCUGGAUCUUAUACACCUGUUACUGUCUUGCUAACACCACAGGUGCUGUUUAUUCUGAGUGUUGAAGAGGAUGCUCAGCAGCAUGCUCUUCCUCUGGCUGAAGUAACGUGGCGCGCUCACCCCUCCGACCCAACCCUCAUUUAUAUUGACAGAGUUCAACCAGAGCCUAAGCCUCAGAACCCAGAUAUGGAGCCUGUGAGUGGGUGUCCUGAGCGUGUUGCUGACUAUGUACGCAGCACGUGUAGUGAGGGAGUGGAAGCUGGUGGGUUAGACUCUUCACCAGGAUCCUCGGAGGAAGGUGAUCACAUGCCUGGACAUCUCGCCCGUAUUAAGCUGUAUGUUUCUCCUCGCUUAAGACCAGCUUUAUUAUCUGCCAUAAACAUAGCAGCUCGUGCCAGCCAAGGAAGAGGAUUUAUUGUAUGAUAAUGAGAGUGUUGUUGCUUAAAGUACUGUAUCUUGCUCUUAAUCUCUUGACCAUCCAUGCCAACCAUCCAAUUUAAAGUUCAAACUUAAUUUUUUGAAUAGGUAGGCAGCGGCAUGAUAACCUUUUCCAGGGCUGUUCUUUUUAUUAUAGUUAUCGUAACAUGAAUGCCAUUCAGUUCAAUGCUCAUAUAUUUUAUAUUAUUUGUAUUAUAGUAGGAGCCACCUAAGAUAAUUAUUUGUAGAUGAAUUUUUGAAAAGAGGAGUAAAACUUGUGCAAUACUUGGGUAUAUAUUGUUGAAACUCAGUUUUGUCUAGUUUUGUAAGUCUAUACUUGGUUUACCUGUUGGUGCCUCAUAAGUAACACCUGAGAGAGAGUGUGAGAGAGAGAGAGAGAGAGAGAUAGAGAAAAGAGAGAUAAGAGAGUAAUGUAGAGCAGCAGCGAGGAAUAGGUGUCUCCCACUUGUUGUGAUUGAUUCAUUCCUGGCUCCUGGCACAUCAAGUGAACUACAUACAACCUUUUAAGCUGCUCCAUCCUUACCUCUUCUUUAGAAUUCUAACAGUGUACUUCACACCUUCAGACUCAAACCCAGCUAACUGGUUUUCCUGAAUAUCUUUAUAAAUAUUACCUUCCUCACACACUAAAAGCACAUUGUCAUAAAAUUCAUUUACCUUCUUUCUCUCUUAUCUAACACACUCAGGAGCCUGUUAAAUGUCCAGACCCCUAGUGCUCAAAACCUUGAUUUUUUCCAACCUAUCCUCCUUCCCUCCACCACAGAUUUAUACCCCUUCCUAUUAAUCCUAUUUUUCUCCAUCUUUUCUAUACUCAGACUACCUCAAUAACUCUUCCUCAGCACUCUGAAUAAUACUUUGGUAAUCCCACACCUUCUGAUCUCCAGGCUCUGAAUUCUUUAUAUAAUAUUUACACAAAACAUCAUCCUUCAACAUGGUAUCUUCACUCUCUCUAGCUUCCUCACUGCAAAAUUUAAAACUUGUGUUUCACACCCAUAUAACAGUGUUGGUAUUACUCUCUUUUGGUAUAUACCCAUUUUUGUUUCCAUGGCUCAAGUUCCUUGUCUUCACAGAUGCCUUAGUGCACCACCCAUCUUCAUUCCCUCAUCAGUUCUAUGGUUCACCUCAUCUUUCAUAGACCAGUCCACUGACAGUUCCACUCUCAAAUACCUGAACACAUUUACUUUUAAUUUCCUUCUUUUACAUACCCUCCCAAAUUACUCCACCAUCCUUUGCCCCUUCUCUUUAGAAUUUCUCAAAAUAACUAUGGCAAAAGGUACCUGGAGUUCAUUACCUUUGUAACUUUCUCAGCUAUCAAAACUUUGGGGCCCAGUCCCUGGACCCAUUAUGUACCUCUGUAAUCUUUUGACUACGCCCACAGGAUGGGUAUGGCGUGCAUAAUAAACAUACUAAACUAUUUAAACUAAGACAAAAGGUAGUUGUGACAACUCCCACUUUGGGAAAUGGCUGACAUGCUAAAAAAAAAUUGUUAAACAAUCAUGGUGACAUUACAUAUCCCUGUUGGAGGCCUACUUUUAAUGGAGAAUCAAUUUGCCCUCUCUCUCCUACAUACCCUAACCUGAGCCUCAGUAUCCACAUAAAACUCUUAACUGCUUUUUAUGAUCUACCACCUAUUCUAUUCAUUUGCAGUAUCUACCACAGUGCUUUAAGUUCUGUCCAGUUGUAUGCUUCACCAUAAACACUUGGUCAACACAUCCCCCAACCUUCCUAAAACCUCUUGUUUCUCUCCAAUCCUUAAUUUUUUUAAUAAUAACUCUCUCUACUUUACAUUGUACCGGGUAUACUCAACAGGUUCGUUGCCCUCUACAGUAGUGCUCCAUUUAUAUGUUGGGUUAGGUUCCAGGCUACUGCCAUAAAGCAAAAAUCAUAGUAAAGUGAAUUACCCUUGUUUUCACUUUUAAAUGCAUAUAAAUGCCUGAUGACAUGUUUACACUACCAUGUAUUAUGUGAACAAUAGAACUAGGCCUAAAAACAAUAAAAUAGUAAAAUACAUAUACAGUACACUCAUUACUUAAAAUAUUUUCGUCUUUAGCUUAGAGCAAGUGGAGAGUAAUACAGCCGCUCCUCACUUAGUGACUUACUCGUUUACCACUGACUCGGACUUACGAUGGGCUUUCUCACCAGUAUGCAUGCCUAAAUAAUGUAUAUUAGAGCUGAUUUCCUCUAUUCUGUUUAUUUCAGUAUGCAGUACAAUAUUGUAUAAACAUUUUAAAAUUUACCAGAAAUGAUAUAAAUAGUGCAAAGGUGACAUUAAAACAAUAUCAAAGAUAGUUGACACAAACCCACUACCAUUACAGUAUGCCCCUCACUUAUUUAUUUAUUUAUUAAUUUGAACAUGAUACAGAGAAGUACAAAAGAAUACAGUUAAAUGCAGCAUGCCAAAGCCACUUGAAUGCAUAGCAUUACGGGCAGGCUUAAGAUUAACUAAGCAAUGAAGUAGCAAUGAAUUCACUUACCAAUGUGGUCUUAGGAAUGGAACUCCAUUGUUAAGUGAGGAGAGGCUAUAUUAGCCCCUAGCAAGAGUGUUAGCCUGUCAUUUUUUGUGUUUAACAAUAUUUUAUAACAUGUAAAGCUACAUUUUUUAUUCCAGAGAAAGACAUAAAGUUUGUCUUGUGCAGCUGUGUUACCAGGCACUGAUUUCUCUUCUUUAGCAAUAAAUAUCCUAGAAGACAUCUUCAAAAUACAGUGAAACCUCAAUACUCAAACUUAAUUCAUUCCAGAAAGCUGUUCGAGUAUCAAACAAGUUUUUCCCAUGAGAAAUAAUUAAUAAUAAUUUUUCGUCUCUAUUGUGACUCUACCCAGUUUUCUUUUUGGUUGGCUGUUAUCACUAAUCUUUUUAGGCCUCAUGGUGAUUUAUUUAUACAAAUACAUAAUAUAAAAAACUCAUUGUUUGGUUUAGUGCCAAGUAAACGGUCGACUACUCAGCAGUUUUUUUACCAAACGAAGUGUUCAGAUACUAAAUUGUUCGAGUUGGGAGCUGUUCAAGUACCAAGGUACCAAGGUACCAAGGUACCAAAGUAC